UGAGUGAAUAGGCUGAACGCCGCCCAUCAGGUGUGCAGGGAGGGCGAGACACAUUUUUACGACCGAAGUGUAGACUCACAAAAAGUCUCGUUUUUUCCUCCGACAAUCAGCGAUGACGUUUACGUUCAUGACUCCCGACAAAAAACUUACAUGAAGAGACCUUUACAGAGGAAUUAGGAGUAUAAAUGUUUUAUCCUAUGUAUCGGAUAUGGCAUCUGCUUCUCCUGGGAGGAUUCGUGUUGACAGGGAUACAACAUGUCAGUGGAAUAGAUAUUUCCACUCCAGAAGAGGUGGAAGCGGUCAAUGGGACAAAUGUGAGACUGAAGUGCACUUUCAAGUCCACUGACACAGUGUCGCUCCAGACUGUUGUAGUGUCCUGGAAGUUCCGCCCCAUUAAUUCAGGAUCAGAGGAGUCGGUGUUUCACUAUCAGGAGGCAGCGUACCCUCCUCUCUUUGGGCGGUUUAAAGGCCAUGUAACGUGGUCAGGAGAUAUUAUGAGAGGGGAUGCCUCCAUCACACUGCACGAGGUGCCUCCAACCUUUAAUGGUACCUACACCUGCCAGGUGAGCAACCGCCCAGAUGUGCACGGCAGGAAUGGCGAGAUCGUCCUCAAAGUUGUUGACAAGGCGUCUUUCUCUGAGAUCAGCAUCCUGGCGAUUGCAGUUGGAGGUGCCUGUGGUGUAAUCCUGGUCCUCCUCGGUAUCUUUGUGGCCGUGAGGUUCUGGAGGAGAAGGCACAUGGGGAAUGACAUCGAGAUGCACUCAGCAGAGCGCGAGUGGAAGGACCCGACCGUGUGUUCACCUGAGGAGGCAGUUCAUCUGAAAGUUGUGCAGAAGGCAGUAGAAGCUGAUAGUUCAGAUGAUGAAGAGUCUGAGCCCAGUAGCGGGGAUGAUGAGGAGGAGGAUGGCCUUGAAGAAGAUGAUGACGACGAUGACGACGACGACAAUGAUGAUGACGAUGACGAUGAUGAUGGUUAAACUGACACUCUAUUGAUUGGAAUCGUCUUUCCCGUUAUAGCACCUGCCUGAGGUAAUUUAUUAAUUUUUUUUCAAACGAGUAAAAAGAGAACACCAUCGUUUUAGCAUCGCACUCCUAUAACAUUCACAGCCUCACGAUCAAGUUCAAAUUCAAUGCAGCAGGGCCAUAUUCUCUGUUCCGUGCUUUCUUCUUCCUUGUCAAAACCUGGUGCCUACAUUACCCACAAGGCAGUUCGAACACUUGGUUGGAGAUUCAAGUGUGCUAUGCUAGUAACGGCUGACGUAUCUUUGAGCUGCUAACCUCAGGCAGAGAUGUGGAGCAGGCUACAGAGGUCUGGCAAGCCCAAAUUUUCAAACUUGUAGUCUUCAGUCCCAACCAAUGCUGACUCAAGUAACAUCACAUGAGGAUAUUUUUUUGGAUUUCACAAAACUGCAAACAGACUUUGAUGUGUAAAAUCAGUGGAGUUCCCCUUUAAUUUCUGCCUGUAUUAUGAAUGUGGAUCGAUGGAUGUGAGUUGUUUGUUGUACAUGGCUGCCCUAACUUUGCUUCUUUGUGCAAAUUUUACUGCUUUUCCCUGCAACUGCUGCUGGAAAUGUAUUGCCUCAGGUCAGUGUGAAAAUUCAUGAAUUUUCAUGUUUAACAAAUGGCCUAUAGAUUUUUUUUUGAAGUACAAAACCAGAUUAAUUUAGCUCGUUACAUACACACACACACAGAUAGUGUUAAUCUAUCUGCUCCACUGCCACAUCAAAUAUUUCUCCUGUUCACCUCCUAAAACACCAGCUGAGAGUAGACAAAGCUUCAGUAAGAAACAUGUUUAACGGUGUUUACAAGGGUUUUAAAUGUUGUUCAAGGAAAUAUGAGAGAAUUGCUGUUGUCAUUUAAUGUUUGCUUCCUGAAAUUCUAGAAUGACAUGUAUGAGUGAUAAACAAAGCAAGGUGUGUACUGCGUUGGCAACACUGCACAAGUGAUUUUGUAUUUUGAUUGUGUACCUAGUGUAAAAUAAGCAUGUAUCUCUGUUUAGCAACUUUAAAAUAAAGGACUCUUUUUGAAAUUA